CCAAACAAAAUGGCGGACAGUGUUAAUUGCUGUGUGAAGUUACUGUAUAAUUUAUUUAUUUUCUACAGCAUCGCUGGCUUUAUCUUUUGUAAUGAGUUAGAUAGAUGCCCGAGAAACCUUCCGAGGGACCGGUAUUUACGAGUACACAGGGAUAAAUGUUAUAGAUUUGAAACUAGAGAAGUGAGCUGGACCUCUGCACGAGACACAUGUAGGCGUGCUGGUGGCGAACUUAUUACUAUCAGACGCCGAGAUAUACAAAUUUUUGUCGAACAAACAAUGAGCCAGAUUUGGUCGAAAAAUGGAAUGUGGAUUGGUGCACAUGAUAGAGACUCGGAGAUGGACUGGUUUUGGGUUACUGGUGAAAGGACAAAGUCAGGGUUUCAGAAUUGGGACAGAGGACAGCCUAGCUGUUUUCUACUAAAAUUUAUGUGCCAUGAAGAUUGUGCUUGCCUGAGGAAAGAUGAAGGUUACAAAUGGCAUGAUUAUCUGUGUAGCUCGUCUAUGUAUGAGUACGGCUAUGCUUGUCAGUUUAAUUUGCUCCCACCACCUCCAACAACAACAACUUCUACGACAAUAAAAACAACAACAACAACUUCUACUACAAGAAAAGCAACAACAACAACAACAGAACCUAUCACUGUAACAAAAUUACUACCGACUGCUGAAAUAACUGUCGGAAAUAUGAUAAAAGUGUUAACAACUGUAUCUGAUGUUGAGCCUUCAACUGUGUCUAACGAUUCUAUUUGGAUUGGUCCUGGCAAAAUGAUCAAUGUUGAAAGUCAGAGAUUGUCAAAAGAAGAGUCAAAUCUUAACACAGUUGGACUUGUGGUAGGAUUUGUUCUUGUGUUCAUUGUUGGACUUGCUGUUGGUACUUUCUUUUGUAGAAGAAAAUACAGAAAAAGGUAUGAAGAGUCAUUAAAUGUUGGAUUCAAUAAUGUAUUGUACACUGCGGCACCUGUUCAUGAAACACAACGAAAGGUCAAGGACACAAAUACAUUGACUUUAUCUGCUGCUGCUGCAGGAGAUUGUACGUCUGAUGAUGAAGAUGAUCAUAAGUAUGUUGAUAUAGAUGAGGUUGCAGUUGGUGGCAAGUGUGUAGAGUUACCCCCCUGUAAAGACAUUAACAGACCUGUUGUAGUUGCUUGUGUGAAAGAGAACAUCUAUGACACAGUCACAACACAUGAGGAGGCGGGGCAUGAUCAUGAUAUGGGUGGAGCCUGUAGUGAGGAUGCUCCACCUCUCUGCCCUGGAGGACAUGUUAAGCAAUUUGCUCCGGAGUUUUUGAAGAAAGAUACCGAUGUGUCACAAGCUUAUUCUAAUAAUUUAUAUGGUUAUAAUAAAUAACUUGGAAUGUUAAGACACAUAUUUUGUAGAUUAUGUCUUCCCCUAUAUCUAACAUUGGAUAGUUUGAAAAAUCAGAAGAGUCUAGAUAAUCAUGGAUAGAGAUUCAUGAAUGUACUGUAUUUUGUUUUAUAGUUAUUUUAUUCAAAUUACAUGUAUCAGGUAAUUAAGACAUUAAGUUGGUCAGGUUGUAAAUAUGUAGAUGAUUUCAUAUAAUAAUUAGUAUUUUCAUAGCUUGAUUUUUGACUAUUUUUGACAAUCAGAAUCAUUGGUACAAUGUAGACAUUUUUUAUGAAAUUACAAACAAUAUCAGGGUAGUGCUUGUGUGAUUAAUCAUGUAAUAAAUUAACUAUAACCACCUACAAUCUGUUUCUAACUUACAUUUGGCAUCUACGAAAAUCAUGGUCACUUACAAGCCAGUAUAACCAUGACCAGUCUUACUAGAUUGUUUGUAGUCUUACAGGAUUAUUUGUCGUCUGCUGCUCAACUAUUUUUUAACCAUUAACCUGCUGAAUUUCUUAAAUGGUCUCUUCCAGCUUUCAAUUUUGGAACUGUCUAUUAUUAAAUUUAGGUAAAUCAAGAUGAAAUUUUAAAGUUGGCCAACAUUAUAGGGCCUGAUCAUACUGCAAGGCUCUUUACUGAUGACAAAGACAACAGGUUAAAGUAGAUCAUUUUACUAUUAGAGAUUUUAAGAAGAAAAAAGUAUAUUAUGUCAGUAGAAUAAAGGUAAACUUCAAUAUAUUGCUUGUUACAGAAUAUUGCAUUUUUGUUGUACAAGUAUUUAGUUUUUUGUUACUUUUAAAUGAUGUGGGUGAAUAUUCAAAUUUUAAAGUUUUACAUUUUUGUUGUUGUUUGUAAUUUGGUUGUUAUUGGAAUUCACCUUAUGUUAGACCAGGUGUGUUCUUUUUGCAGUAAGGUAAUUAUUCAAUUGUUACAAAGUGUCCACUAACUAAUGAUUACACAAUGCAUUACAUUUAAAGUAAGAUCUAAUUUCAAAUACAUUGUAUUAGGACUUCAUUUCCACUGUCAUGUUUUUUUCCAUGACCAAUGAAAAUAAUUUUGUCAAAAGGAAGAAAUUAACCAUUGUGCAAUAUACAACAUUUUAUACUGACUGUUUUCUUAUACUUACAUACAUGUACUUGUUAAAUAGUUCAUUCAGAUAUGUUAAUAGAGAUGUAGAAACUGUUAGGAUAUAAUGGAUAUAGUGUAUUGUUGUAGCUAAGCAAUUUUAGAUUAUAGUGGUACAUGUAUCUGAGAUUGUGUUUACAGAUGCAUAUAUUAAAACAUUAUAUUUUCUGAUCUCGGUGGACAUAAUUAUAACAAUAAGUUAUAACUUUGUUUAUAUCCAGCCCUUCAGAUACAUUGCAAUCUCAAGGAACAGACCUUUAUAGGGCAAUUACCUCUUUUUUUUUACAACAGUUUCAUUUCUUCCCAAAGUAACACUAAAUGCUUAUCUUUGCUUGUAUUAAGCCAAUUAACAGAUCUUUUUUUGCUGAUUUCCUACAUUUCUGAUUACAAUGUGAACAUUUUGACAAGUUAUUUUUUGUUGCUAAAUUUACCAAUUUUUAAUCAACAUUGGAUAAUUUGUCAUAUUAAAAUACAUGUACAUGUGAACAAAAAUGAUGAGAUAAGAUACAAACUUUACUACCUUAACCAUUCCAAAUUUUCCAUCUUAUUUUCUUUUCAUGUCUAAAACAUUCCCUUUAUUAUGCUCAUUCAAUUUUAUUUUUCAUUUAAUAAUGUCAAGCAUACAUUUCUCUCUCACUUAAUGUUAUCUGUCCAUUCACUUUUAAUGGGGGUGGGGCGGGGUGAUGAAAAUUUGCUCUGCAUUGUUUUUUUUAACAAGAUAUAAAUAUUGCAUUCCACUAAGGGUGAGAGACAAGUUCUGGCAACAGAAAACAAGAGAUGUUCAACCGAGACACAUGAUGUCAAGCCAUGUGCAUCAGUAAAGGUUGACAUUAUCUUGUCACUGGUAAAGAUAUUGCUCUAUCACUAUUAGUGGGAUGUAAUACAUAUUUCGUUACAUGAAAAAAAGAUCAAAAUACCAUAUCAAACAUAACAACUAAAAACUAAAACGAAGACACAAGUACACACGUUAUGGGUGUGGGGGAUAUUUGGUAUUUUUAUUGGACAGACAGUGAUGUUGCCAUGUGACAUUACAGAAUGAUACUCACUAACAUAACAUAUUAGGGCUGUACAGUAUAUAAAUCAGAUGAGGUAUAUAUAUAUAUAUCAGAUUUUACUCUUUAUCCAUUUGUGCCAUUGUAGCUUAAAUCCAUUUAAAUCAAGUAAUUCAAGUUAAAAGGAAUAAUGUGACAAAAUCAGGAUGUAUUUUUUUAAUAUCAUCAGAAAUCCUAGAAAUGCUAUUAGGUCAGUAUGAUAAUGUUCUGUAAAUCUGUGAGCUUGUAUAUUUUGUUAUAUACCAUGAAGUACUGUAUGUUUAGUGUUUCUUUAUACAUAUACAUGUACAUGUAUUAUGUUUUAAUUUUUGAAAGUAUUUCAUGCAAAUUAGGUGCUCAUUCAAUAUAAUUAACUAUGUAAUAAUAAUUAUUGAGUGUAGGUUAAGAAGAUAUUUUGAGGAAAGUAAUUUACAUUACUAGCUAUGUAACAAAUAUAUAUAUUUGAAGUUUGGUUUAUAUUUCCAACUUGUUAAGUUAUUUCUUUUUCUAGUCCUCCAUGAAAUCAUAGAUCAAAAAUAUUCUGAGAAAUGUAACAUGAUAUAAACAAACCUGCAUCCAUUUAAAACAGUAAAUAUAUAUACAUGUAUGUGUGUAACAUGAUAACAAGUGUCUUUAAUUUUAUUUUUGUUAAAGUCUUUAGAUUAUUCAUUUUUUUAUGCCCCAUUUUAAAAAAAGGGGAGCAAACAGUGAUUGGAUGGUCCAGCUGUAUGUAAGUCUGAUUAUCCUUGUCAGGUCAGUAAUUUGAGAAGAAGUGAACUCUGUAGGGAUAUUACUUGUGGCCAGUAGAUGACCCUUUAACAUUUUUAGGUCAUUAGGUCAAAAGUCAAGGUCAGUGUGACACUUAAUUCUUUGUUCAAAAGAAGUUGGCCAGUCUUAUGCAACUAAGUAGAGACAUUGCACAUGUUCAUUAGAUGACUUUUAUUGAUUUUGAGGUCAUAAGGUCAAAGGUUAAGGUCACAGUUACACUGUAAAAGUCCUUGUUCAAUCAGUACAUUGAAAUGGAAUAAUCCAGUCAUAUGUAAAUAAGGAGGGACAUUGCUCAUGUCCAGUAGAUAAUCCCUAUUUAUUUUGAGGUUAAAGGUCAAGGUCACAGUGAGAAUUCAAUCAAUUACUUAAGAAAUAUUUUGAUGUGGUUUGACAAAAUGCACAAGAAAAUUGGCCAUGGUAAGUAAAUGAUUCCAAUUUGUUUUGAGGUUAUUAGGUCAUGGUCACUGUGACAUUUUAUAUGAAAUACUUUUAUAUAAAUUAUACUUGACCUUGAAAUAUGAUUAAGCAAUAUGUGACAGACAUAGUUACUAAGUGGUGGCAUAAGAUUCCUUUGGACACAUUUCUGGUUUUUGAAUUUAUAAGUAGAUAAUUUGUAUAGUAGUUUUUAUUAAGCUGUAGUAUUUUUAAGCUUAUAACUUAGAUCUGUAUACUGCAAAAAAGUUUCAAACAACAAACUAGUUGAAAAUCAUCAACAUGUAUCUACUUGCCAUUGAUUUACAUGUACAGGUUCACGUUCUGUUACAGCAUAUCAAUAACAUGUCGUAGGUCUCUUUGUUUCAGGGAAUGCUGGGAAAUAUUUAUACUAUGACAUUAUGCAAGAUGCUUUCAAACAUUUCGAAUUUUGUCAGGAAUUAAUUAAACUGCUUUAAAUGCAUUGCCAUCUUUUGCAAUCAGAAUACAGUACAUGUAUAUGGCCUAAACAUGUUAUUAUGUUAACGGUGUUUUCCAGAAUAUAGGUUUAAAAAUAAAGUAUUAAUAUUUUGUUGUAUAUAUUAGAAAAUUGCUUAAAGAUCUUGUUUAAUAUGAUUUCAUUUUAUGACCUUGAGAUCAUUUUUUAAAGAAUAUGGCCUAAAGCUUAAAUCUGUAACUAUAUGCAGUUGAUGGAAUAACAAGAAUAUAGCCUAAAGCUAUCUUUAAGUACAUAUAGUUGAUGUUAUAAAAUGAAUAUAGCCUAAGACUAACUGGUAUUUUUAAUAAAUUGAUGUUAUGAUAAAGUAUGGUGUAAAGCUGGUAUUAUUACCUUAUUGAUGAGACUACAAAAUAUGGCCUAAAGAUUAUAAUAUUGCUGGUAACAUCGAAAUUUUAGAUCUAUAUUCAUUGACUACAGUGUUAAACCUAGACACAUGUAUUAUGAAUUGUUGUGUAUUUUGAUAUUGAUGCUUGAUAAACAGACAUAUUGGUAACUAAAGAAAAUUAUUUUACUAAUAUAAGUAGAUCUUUAUUUUUCAGUCUGACUUGUUCAAGGCAUAGUUAAAUGUGCUGCUUUGUGAUAGAAUAUUGUGUACAUAUAAUAUACGUAGCUAGAUUUUUAGAUAGUUGUAUAUAUAUUUCAGUGAAUUGUUUAUACUCAGUGUAUUGUAUAUAC